AUGGACGCGGUCUGGACCUGGGGGGUGGCGGCGGUAUCGGGGGGUUCUGGCCGGCGCAGUGGCCUUGGUGGUGGCGGAGAUUCCGGCCAGGGGCUGGGCGGGGGUUGCGGUCUUGGAAGGAGUGUCGGUCUAGGUCUAGGCGGCCUCGGCGGUGGAAGUGGCUAUCUAGGCGGUCGUUGCGGUCUAGGCGGGGGAGGAGGUGGGCCUGGGGGUGGCGGCGGUCGGGGCGGGUGUCGCGGUCUGGGUGGUGGUGGUGAUCUGUGCCUCGGCGGCCUGUGGGGCGGGGGCGGCGGCGGCCUGUGGGGCGGGGGCGGCGGCGGCCUGUGGCGUGGCGGCGGCGGCCUGUGGGUGGCGGCGGUCUGGGCGGGGGCGGCGAUCUGGGCCUGGGCGGUGGUGGGGGUUCUGGCCGGCGGGGUGGCGGCCGGGGCGGCGCCAUUCUACCCACAGCGAUCAAAGGUAGUUGAAGUGGGAUGA